UUCCACUAUUUUGCGCAUAUUCUAGUCGAUCUGCGUCCCGUGGGUGCAAAAGUGACGCCACGUACAGCGGUUCCAAACAGCUGGAUGAGAACUGGAAACAUGUGCGCUCUAGGAUGAAGCAGCAGCUGAAUGGCUCUGUGCCGCAUGUCCCCAAACAUCCCAGGAACCAAACAAAGCAGUUAGUGCGCAUCAGAGGCGUGUGCGCUCUGAUGGGACACCACUAGGACCUCUCCUGGUGUUUCUUUCUUUUGGAUCUUAAAAAAAAAAAAAACGUGUUGGAUUUGAUCAGAACAAACCAAAAAGGAAUGAAUCAGAUGAAACUUUCCUCCGAGGAGCUGCGUUCUCUCCCACCGAGACCACCAAGUUUACCUGCAGAUUCUCCAAAGAGACGCUUUGUGAAGCUGGGGAGGAAAACCAGUGAUGGCUCUGAGAGAUCUGGGUCAUCCACUGGCAGUUUGUUGACCAGCAGAUCAGCUGAAGGCGUGGUCAUCAGACAGCCCAGCAAGAGCCGCAUCCGUCGCCAUACCAACCGACUCUCGGGCGUCUUUCUCCGCGGUCCCUCUUCAAGUUCAGGCCCCAUGGCCACAAGCCUCAGGUCUUCACUGUCCAUCCAAACCAAGAAGGCGAGUUUGACGUCAACAGAUGCUCUGAUUGUGGAGGAUCCAUCUGAGCUGUCCAAUCAGAUAACAGCUCCAGGCAUCCUGAAGAUUUUUGGGAGUGAAAUCUGUGAAGGAGCUCAUUAUAAGAGUGUCCUGGCCACCACACACUCCAGUGCAAAAGAGCUAGUCAAAGAGGCCCUUGAACGGUAUGGCCUGCGUAAAGAGGAAGCAGAGUCCUACGUGCUCUGCGACGCCAUUGGCUCCAUCGGCGAGCACCAGUGGAAGACGGAGGGCUUCCGGGUCGUCGGAGACAACGAGAAGCCCCUCCUCCUGCAGUCCCUAUGGAAACCAAGAGAAGGCCUGGCGCGACGGUUUGAAAUCCAGAGAAGGAGCUUGGUGGAGGAGAAGACUGCCAAAGAAAAAGACACCAUCACUGCCGGUAUCAAUGCCCAGGCUCGUAAGCUGCAGAAGAGCCGCUCCAGAGUGACCUCCACCCUCAUCGAGAGGACGACGACACGAAGCCAAAAACUGUGGCGGAGCAAAAGUGAGAUGGACCUCUUAGAUUCUGACACAGAAAACAACCCGGACACAAACCACGAUAAAAAUCAGGAACAUGAAAAUGAAAGCCUGGAGCAUAUUUCAGUGCUCCCAAAAACAAGCCCAGAACAGAAUCACAUUCAGUCUCAAAGAGUCGUAGUUCCCUCAGAGGGGGACGUCGGGUCCCAGGCCAAAACAGAGACCCUCUGUCAGAUGAAGGCAAGAACCGAGAGGGAAGGAGCGGAGUUGGAGAGGGAGGAGACGGAGAGGGAGGAGACGGAGAGCAGCGACGAUAACACCACACAGUACUCCAUUCAUCCUCCUCAUGACUGUCCAUACCUGCUGCUGCUACAGGGCUGCAGCCUCACACAGGACUUUAUCAUCUACCUUCUCGCGAGCCCCAGCACUGUCAUUGGUCGUCAAGGUGACCAUGAAAAUGAACCAAAGGCUGACAUCUCCCUCUUUGCCUCCGAUAUCAAGCCAAGACACUGCUAUUUCCGUCGCCACCAAGUGGGCAGCCCCACGGCGCUGUGCCCCUGUCAGGACGCUGUGGUCACAAGGAACGGUGAGGUUCUGACCAAAGAAGUGCAGCUGAACCCUGGGGAUGUCAUUGGCUUGGGACAGUACUACCUGUUUCUGUUUAAAGACCCUGCAGCUUUGACCCAUAAGAAUGUAAACAAAGAUGAUCCUGAGCCUAGCCUAUCUGCUGCUCCCUGGUUGUUGGGUCAGACCACUUCUUCUCCUACGACAAGUAACCCUGAGGAAAUGAUCCUCUGCAACACCUGCAUCUCUACUUGCACUGAGCCGCAGAGCCCGAGCAGCAAACAGUCCCUUUACAGAGAUCCUCCCCUGUUAAAAUCAGCCCAAGGCCACAGUUUGACUCUUAAUUAUGAGACAGAGCACGAGGAUCAAAUUAUCAAGGAGAUAGUCGCUUUGGGAAGUAGCAGCGCCAGUGACAGACCACCGCUGACAGUUGCAUUUUUGCUGUGCAUGUGUGUUCAGUAUUCAUCCACAUGUCUUCAUGCACCAGACCAGCGUAAGCUUCUACUGCUCAUUGCCAGUGGAGUUCAAAGUACCAUAUGGGAGAUCACAAAGGACUUAGCUGCAGUUCAGCCUGAAACUCACAGUUCAGACUCAGAGGACUUCCUGCAGCAUCUCAGCGUGGAGGAGGUGAUCUCAGGUUUGCGCCCCCUGGUGGUGUGGAUGUCCAACAGUCUGGAGCUGCUACACUUCAUACAGUACCAGCUACCUCUUAUUCUGGAGUGGAGAACCCAAAUGGAGCAUGGACAAGAGGAUAGGGAAGAGAGAGAUGACAACAGGGAGGAUGAGAACUUUGCCCUGUUAGAACUUCGACUGUCCCGCGUUCGUUCAGCCACAGAGGAGACAAUAGCUGUUCUGGAAGAGGUCAUCAUGCUUUCCUUUCAGCAGUGUGUGUACUACAUUACUAAGGCCCUGUACCCUACCCUGCCGGGUCUUCUGGACUGCAAUCUGUUCAGGGAGAAUCCAGAACUGGAGCUUUCCGGUGGUAUCAAACAGAUGGUGGAGGUCCUGACUGAGACCUGGAGGCUACUCUUGGACAGUCAGCUUCAUCCAGAGAUUUCCUCCCAGCUCAUCGCCUACCUUUUCUAUUUCAUCAACGCAUCGCUCUUCAACUUGCUUAUGGACAGAGGCUCAGAACCAGGUUUCUACCAGUGGUCCAGAGGAGUCCAAAUGCGUGCCAACCUGGACUUGCUCCUGGACUGGGCCCAUGCAACUGGACUGGGAGAACUGGCUUUGGAGCACACACAGACGCUCUCAUCAGCUAUAAAUCUGCUGGCUACACCAAGAAAGAAUUUACUACAGGCGUCUUGGGUGUCCUUGCGGUCUAAAUACCCUGCCCUGCGUCCAGCUCAGCUGAACCACCUGCUGAGUCUUUACAGCCCAGUGUCUCCCUGCAGACACACCUGGACUCCAUCUGUACAGGACCAUGUAGCAGCACACAAAACUGCUGAAAUUCUGGAGAGUUUUGAUACCCACCAUCCUCUAGUGCUGCCAGACAUGGGUUACCAGCUCCAACUGAGACAGGCAUUAACAGAUUUUGCCUUGAGGGAACAACUGGACAAGCUCAAAGAGUUUAUUUCCACACUCUCUGACUCACCAUCCAGUGAAGUCACAGCCGCUGGGGAUCACCAGGAUAGUCCCAUUCCUGUUGAGAAUGGUGUUGAUAUUCUUCCAAAAUCCAACUUAAAAAUCUUGGACACAUUACCAGCUGAGAUUGCCCUCUCUCAGGUGAAUGACCAGAACCACAUAUCUCCCUCCACCACCUCUCCUGUCUUACCUCCAUCACCUCCAUCUCCAUCCUGUCCUCUUCCUCCAUACCAUUUGGAGGACUUCAACUCCAGCGGUGCACUCCUUUUGUCCCAGAAGCUUCGUAAUCUGGAGCUUCAGAGUAGAGACACUGAAAGCGAUGACACAAGGAAGGUGGCACUGGACCCCUACUGUUUACUCACCCCACCCAACACCCUUCAUAUUAUAGAUCAUGCUGAUUUAGUCAAGGCAGAACAGGAUAAAUGGUUGAAAGCUGACAGUGAGACAUUUCCCUGGUCGUCUGAUGGAAAUGUACAUGAUGAAGGUGGAUUAGUGUUUGAAUGUUUAGCUGCACUGAAAGUAGACCGGUCCAAACCAGACUGCUAUACUAUGAAAACCCUUGUGGAACUUAAAGAGGAAGAGGAGGAGCAGGAGGAUGAAAGCGAUAAUUAUUAUGAAGAUGGUAACGAUGAAGUUUUCAGCUUGGAACUGGAACGAGGUGAAAGAGGAAUUGGACUUGCACUAGUUGACACACGGGAUACUUUGUUGAAGGUGAAGGGCUUAUUCAUCCGUGCGGUGGUCCCAGACUCCCCUGCAGCCCGGUGUCAGAAGCUGGUACCUGGGGACCGGAUCCUGGCUGUAAAUGGGAUCAGUCUGCUUGGACUGGACUACGAGGGUGGAAAGGAGCUGAUCCAGUCGUCAGGUGACAGACUGCAGUUACUGGUGGCCAGGUCUGACUGGAUGUCCAAGGCCUUACGGUCUGAGUGCUGACACUAAUUUCCUUGGAGGUUUUUUUACUGAGAGACUGUUAACACACUCUGAUUGCACUUAAAAUGUCUAUGAACAUUCGGAUUCAGGACAUGAGCCUUGAUUUA